ACUCUUUUUUUAAAUCUUUUUCUCAAUAAUAUUAUUAAAAAUGAGUCAAAACUAUUGUUGUAAUCAGGAAAAAUGACGUAAAAUUGUAUAACGUUUUUUAUGAGAGCAUCAGAAAAAUAAACUCAGAUUUUUUCCUGGUAUCUAACCAUUUUUCUUUUAAUUUACUUAAAAAUAAGAACAUUUUAUCUAAAAUUCAACAUAUUUUAUAUGAUGAAUUCAUAUUUUGAGUGAUUUUUGUUGUAUUAGAAGAUGCGGAAACAUUUUAUUAACUGAAGGUAAAAAAUAUAAUCUAGAAAGCACGUUAUCAACAAAAAUUGCUUAUCUCAAUACAUUUGUUAUCGAUGUAAACUUCAAGAAAAUAAAAUUUGCAAUUUAAAACUAUUUGAUCUUUUCGAGCAUGUCAUAAUUUUCUGUAACUUCUUAUAACUUAAAAUGAUAACUUAAAACUCAUUUCAUUAAGCAAAACAAUUUCUAAUAAUUUUCCCUUCAAAAACAAUGUUAAAAAUAGAAUUGACAAAUAGUUAGUGUUAGUUAACAAAAAGCCGUUAAAAAUAGAUGACAAAGAAACAUUAAAAGUAGAACUUCAAUCAAAUCUUAUGCUAAAUAUGGCAAUUUCCCAAUAUGGCGAAUUAUCAGCAAAAGUGGCACAACACAAUAAAACUUUUUCCAUCGAUCUGGACUCACAAAAAUAAAAUUUGACUUGGAACUUAUUUAAUUUCAUUUGUUCUGUGCAAAAUUCAAAGUCUUUUUUUUCUUCUAAAAUUUGGUAGAUUUUGAAAAAGCAAAUAGUAUUUUGAGUGAUUUUUGUCUAAAGUUAUAAAUACGAAAACAUUUUAUCAGCAAAAAUGGCACAACACAAUAUAACUUUUUACAUCGAUGUGAACUUCACAAAAACAAAAGCUGACACUCAAGAUUUGGAACCUGCUAUAUUUGUUCCCAAGUCUGUCGAAGCAGUCAUGCAUGUGAUGUAUAUAGCAGUCUCAGCCUUAGCGAUUGGUGGAAACGGUCUGAUUUGCUAUAUAAUUAUAGCGUACAAGAGAAUGAGAACAGUCACAAACUAUUUCAUCCUGAAUUUAGCCAUUGGCGAUAUUUUAAUGGCAUGUCUUUGCAUACCAUUUGGAUUUGUAUCUAACUUGUUGCUACAGUAUUGGCCUUUUGGCGAAAUAAUGUGUAUUUUAGUUUCCUACGCACAAGUGGUGUCUGUUUUCGUCAGUGCUUAUACAAUGAUUGCUAUUAGCAUAGACCGAUAUAUCGCCAUUUUGUAUCCUUUUAAGCCAAAGAUGAGCAAACUUCAAGCCAAAGUUUCCAUAUUGUUUAUAUGGAGUGUAGCAUUAAUUACGCCUCUGCCAACUGCUGUUCUGUCAGAGUUGAAAGUGCAUCCUUCUUGGACUGGUGCAAAUGAUACGACCCGCUACAUCUGCAUCGAAUCCUGGAGUACUCAAGAGCAAAAGUACUAUUACAGCAUGGCUCUGAUGAUUCUUCAGUACUUCUUCCCUUUGUGUGUCUUACUCUUUACUUACAUGAGGAUAGCUAUUGUGGUUUGGGGAAAUCAGCCGCCAGGUGAAGCAGAGGAUAUUAGAGAUCAGAAGCUUGCAGCUUCAAAGAGAAAGAUGGUGAAAAUGAUGAUAACAGUCGUCACCGUUUUCAGUUUGUGCUGGCUGCCUCUAAACGUUCUCAUUGUUAUUGGCGAUUUAGAUGACAGCAUAUGGGAAUACGAUAACAUCAUUUACAUAUGGUUUUUGUGUCACUGGCUUGCCAUGAGUCAUGCAUCUUAUAAUCCAUUCAUUUAUUGCUGGAUGAAUUCAAUGUUCAGAGACGGUUUCUUCCAAAUUUGCCACAGAUUUUCUUUGGAGAAUUUCAAGAGAAAAAACAGUGAUGAGAGUAACUUGCAUCGUGGCAACACCUACUCUACUUAUCCGAGUAUGAGAAAUUUGAGUAUGGCUGUGGCUUCUCCCCGUGUGCUUAGUAAAAAUGAAAAAUUGACUCCUUCCACGAGAUUAAUGAUUAAACAAGCCUAUCGGUAUGCAUCUGAAGAUGAAAUGGUAACUGAUACUGAAGUCUGAUACUGGAUACUGAACUGAUACCUUUACAUCGUGACAACACCUACUCUACUUAUCUGAGUAUGGCUGUGGCUUCUACCCGUGUGCUUUGUAAAAAUUAAAAAUUGACUCCUUCCACGAGAUUAAUGAUCAAACAAGCCUAUCGGUAUGCAUCUGAAGAUGAAAUGGUAACUGAUACUGAAGUCUGAUACUGGAUUCUGAACUGAUACCUAUACAUCGUGACAACACCUACUCUACUUAUCUGAGUAUGGCUGUGGCUUCUACCCGUGUGCUUUGUAAAAUUUAAAAAUUGACUCCUUCCACGAGAUUAAUGAUUAAACAAGCCAAUCGGUAUGCAUCUGAAGAUGAAAUGGUAACUGAUACUGAAGUCUGAUACUGAAGUCUGAUACUGGAUUCUGAACUGAUACCUAUACAUCGUGACAACACCUACUCUACUUAUCUGAGUAUGGCUGUGGCUUCUACCCGUGUGCUUUGUAAAAAUGAAAAAUUGACUCCUUCCACCAGAUUAAUGAUUAAACAAGCCUAUCGGUAUGCAUCUGAAGAUGAAAUGGUACCUGAUACUGAAGUCUGAUUCCUGAUACUGAACUGAUACCUUUGCAUCGUGACAACACCUACUCUAAUUAUUCGAGUAUGAAAAGUUUGAGUAUGGCUGUGGCUUCUCCCCGUGUGCUUUGUAAAAAGGAAAAAUUGAUUACAAUAAUAAUGAUUAAACAAGCAAAUCCACAAAACUAAUGAUUAAACAAGCAUAUCGGUAUGCAUCUGAAGAUGAAAUGUACCUUGACAACAUCUACUCGACUUAUCCGAGUAUGAUAAAUUUGAGUGUGAUUGUGGUUUCUCCCAGUGUGCUUCGUAAAAA